GCAUGUCGCUGUCAAAUAUUAAUAGUAAUUUUGUCAACCGAGACCAUCAUGUUUCUGUACGGCGGGUUGUAAGAGAUGUUUUGAUGAUUUUAGAAAGUACAUCGCAUUUUAUUGGGUAGAGAACAAGAGAAAGUGCCAAGAUGACGCAGAUUGUAAAGUCAGGUUACCUUAAGCGGUAUAGUAAGAGCAUGUUCUCUGGAGGCUGGCAGACAGUGUGGGUGAUACUGUACAGUGACAGUAACCUUGUUAUCUACAAACGUCAAGGUGACAAUGAGGUCAAGGGCAAAGUUCACAUGAAGGAUGUGUCUAAGAGGUUUGCCUUUGGUGACUACACUAAUGGUAUGGAAGGCCGUCCACAGCUGCCCUCGGGAGCUGCCUAUAGCCAGAUGCUGGCCGUGCCCACAAGAAACAACAGCAAGGCAAAGAUAUACUGGUUCCUGGUCGCAAGUGAUAAUGAACUACAUGAGUGGAUGGCAGCCAUAGUCAGCACUCUUCCACCUCCUCCUCAGCAUAAUGCUCAAAAACAGCAGCCAGCAUCCAUGCAGGCCCAGACGGCUCCACAGACCCACGCACAGUACCCAUCUCAGCCUCAGCCUGGGUAUGGUGGGGCUGCCCCUCCCCCUUACUCACCAGCACCCCCUGCCCCAGGGGGUAUAGGCUUUGACGGAUUUGCAGGUGGCUAUCCACAACAGCCUCAGCCAGGAGGUGUGCCAUAUCCUCAGGCCCCUUACCCAGGACAACCUGGUCCCUAUCUGCAACAGCCAGGGUAUGGACCACCACAGCAGCAGUAUGCACCGCCCUCUCAAGGCUACCCCCAGCAGCAGUAUCAGCCCUACCCUCAACAGGGAUACGCCCCUCAACCAGCUUAUGGCUGCCAACAGCAGCCAAGAUAUGCACCCCCUCCCCAACAACAACAACCACAAGUAGUGUAUGUACAGCAGGGAGGUAAAAAGAAGAGCGGCGGUCUAGGUGGUCUUGGAGGAGGUAACACCACUAAAAUAGCAGCAGGUUUAAUUGGUGGUGCUGCCCUUGGUUAUGGUGCAUCGAGAAUGAUGGGAGGUGGUUUAGGUGGUUUUGGAGGAUGGGGAUUUGGUCACCAUGGCAGCUGGAGCUCUCUCAGCAGUUUUGGAAGUUGUGGAAGUUUUGGUAGCUUUGAUUAAAUGUGUAGGAUAUAUUUCUGUAUUUUAAAGCUUCAGUUAAAAAAGCCAGUUUGAAAUUGCUUCCUGUGGGAGCCUGAUUCGUUUAUUAUUAAAACGACUUCAUCUUAUUUCAUCAAUAAUAAUAAUAAUUUGAGGUUCUUAUAUACCGCUUUAUCACAACCUAGUUUGUAGAUCGUCUCAAAGUGGU